UCGUUGCUCCAAGGGACCCAGGUCUCAUACCCUGGGUGUAUAUAUGUAUGUAUUUGCCUCAAUGAGGUGGAGGACCAAAACUGUCCUCAGCGGUCGAGGAAGUAAGGGGGUUGGAAGAGUUAUAAGGAGUUAGUGGGACGUACGUGAGUGGAAGACAACAGGACCGUCUGGCCGAAGGGUAAGGUGUGGAUGAGGUGGACGGCAUAAGCAGGGGCCCCGGGGGGAAAGGGGCAAAACGGGGACGGCCGGCUCUUCUGCCAGCUGGGGGCCUACAUCCAGCGGCAAGCACAGUGUCACGAAGCUGGAUGAAUGUUGUGCUUGAAAGCUCAAUCCACAUCACUGGCCACUUCUCUCCGGCCUCAAUUGGCAUCUCGCUUGCCCGGUGCCUUAUGGACUGGCUGCGGGUCACUUAACGUAUUUAUGCCGUACGGGGGGGGCCACAAGGUGCGAAAUAAGUGCCGAGCUAUGAGUGCAACGCUACUCUCAAUGUUAAACGGAGGAAGGGUGUCACUGAUUGACUGUGGUAAUAUCCUUGACGGUGGCGGUAUAGGGACGGUGGGCGUCAGCGGCGAUCAGCGUAAGGUGACUUUGGGCAUGACGCCUGUUACUACAGUGAGUAGCUCGGCAGCUCUUGCUGCUGAUGAUGACGCUGCAGUUUCAAGCUCUGAAAUAGGCAGUUCACCUGCAGACGCCUCGUCUUAUUCACUUCUUGGCGUUCCCACAAAGUGUAAUCAAACAGCGAGCAAUAGCGAUGCGGACUUCAACAAGAAGAAGCCGAUCUUUUCCUUCGGAGUGGUCACCGAUGUGCAGUAUGCGGAUAUUGAAGAUGGGAGGUCUUUCAGUGGAGUUCCGCGCUACUACAGACACAGUCUCACAGCCUUGGGUAGGGCCAUCCAAAACUGGAACGAGCUUGGCUACUUGUCCUUUGCCGUUCACUUCGGUGACAUCGUAGAUGGCUUUUGUCCCAGAAAGGAGUCCAGUGCUGCGGUCGACAAAGUAGUCCGAACCUUUAACCGUUUCAGAAGCGGCCCCGUGUAUCAUAUGAUAGGCAAUCACUGCUUGUACAAUCUUCCCCGAGCAUCCCUCAACGAGAUACUGCAGAUCCCUACGGCGCCAGACUGCCGAUCCUACUACUCUUUCACCCCUUGCAAAGGGUUCAGAUUUGUCGUUUUGGACGGUUACGACAUAAGCCUGCUCGGAUGGCCGGAGGAUCAUCCGCAUGCAGUUGAGGCAGCACUGGUGCUAGAUAAGGGCAACCCGAACGAGAACAAGAACAGUCCGGAAGGUCUACGGGGUCUCGAAAGACGGUUUGUUAAAUUUGGUGGCGGCAUCAGUACUACUCAGCUCGAAUGGCUAGAUAACAUUCUCAAGGAAGCAGAGGCCGAGGAGGAGAAGGUCAUCAUUGGCUGCCAUCUCCCAAUGGACCCAAGAUCGACGGACCCAAUUUGCCUUCUGUGGAACUACGAUGAGGUACUGAGGGUACUCCACAACCAUUCAUGUGUUGUGGCAACAUUCGCGGGACAUGCACACACUGGCGGAUAUGCGGUAGAUAAGCAUGGAAUCCAUCAUCGGGUUCUUGAAGCAGUUUUGGAAUGUCCUCCGGGUAGUGAUGCUUAUGGACAUGUGGAUGUCUUUGAGGAUCGGCUGGUCUUGACUGGAACUGGCGCCCUAGUGAGUUCAGUUAUGCAUUUCACUGGACAGCAGAAGGCAACCAUGAGGGACGAAAGCUGAACAAACUGCCCCAUGAACUCCAAAAUGCAAUGGUAAACGUCGUGUGCGCGAAUGGGAGGAAGGGUGGAAGAUAUGUAGAAACUGUAUGUGGGAUGAUGAUAUAAGGGGCGGUCUUUGAGCAGUUGCAACCUUCGUUUUAGCAAGUCGCUCAGAAGCGAAUGUGUGCAAGUCAAAAAUACUGGCGUCACGAAGGGAACCACCAACUUGUAAGACCGAUGAAGGAAGCGAUUGAGGGGAAUUGUAGGGGAAAGAAAGGAGAGGGGUAGGAGGAGGACCGGGGGGGGAAAGGCGAAAACACACAGAGAGAGAGAGAGAGAGAGAGAGAGAGAGAGAGAGAGAGAGAGAGAGAGAGAGAGAGAGAGAGAGAGAGAGAGAGGUUGAAGAACUUCUAUCCUGGAGCAUUGUACUUUAUUCUCCGUUGGAGAUCGUCAUCAACUCUCCAAAUUGGAGAGUAUCGUUUUUCGUGUACGUUGGUCAUUACCUCUAUCUGAGCGUUCAAGUGUUCUUGUUGAUCGCUUUGAAGAAUUAUUUUUCCAAUUCCUGCCCAUCGAAGACAUUGUAGAUAUAUUUUGUCAGGAUCGGGUUUAUGUGUGAUGUGAUGGCAGAGCCUCUGUGGUUAAGCUCUUGGGUCACUAUUACCUUGCAUCUUGUUCUUGUUCUUGUACUCCUAUUCUUUUGGGAGAUAAACUGCAUUCUCCUGACCCUGAUUGGGACAGCCUGCUGUUUUCAGUGCCACUUUCUCUAUGUGUGGGGAGGAAGGAUGCAACCCUUAACCUCGUAUAAUAAAGCCAUGUUCUUUUUAACCUUUGGUGGACCAAUUUCUAUUUUACCCUUGGUGGACCAAUGUCUAUUUUACCCUUGGUGGACCAAUUUCUAUUUUAUCCUUGGUGGACCAAUUUCUAUUUUACCCUUGGUGGACCAAUUUCUAUUUUACCAUUGGUGGACCAAUUUCUAUUUUACCCCUGAUGGACCAAUUUCUAUUUUACCAUUGGUGGACCAAUUUCUAUUUUACCCCUGAUGGACCAAUUUCUAUUUUACCCUUGGUGGACCAAUUUAUGACCUGGCAGGGAACAGAUCAGGAGUCACUGACAUGUCAGAGAGUCGGUUGAAAGUGGGAAUCGAAGGUUUCGGUUAUGGGAAGCGUUGGCAUUAGGCGGUUUAUGAUUAGUAGGUCGUCGUAUUAUGACCAAGAUUAGUGAGUGCAAAGGGUCAUGAGUUAGCCUAGGCCAGUGGUGAAGUAGUUGCUAACAUGUGAUUGAUCCGUGCGCAGGAUUUGGGGCUCACUUCAAGAAGUCAGAGCGGGUGAGCACUCGUCGAAUUUAUGGUAUAGGUGUUGAACCAGGUUGUCAGGAGCUUUUCACCGCUAAGUCAUCGCUUCCAUUUCAUGUGGAAAUAUUGGACUCUUGCAUUAAUUAACCAUCUUUUCUUGAGGAUUGUAUUGUAUGAUGGAUGUUGCGAUAAACAGGUAAGCUUGAA